AUGUCGACGUCCCCGCCCACUCACGAACACUACCUCGUCGUUGGAGGAUGCGGAUUCCUGGGCCGGCACAUUGUCGACGCGCUCCUCGGUCGCGGCGAGACCAAUGUCGCCGUGUUUGACAUUGUGCAGAGGCAUUUUGAUGAAAACGUCACUUUCUACACCGGCGACAUCUCAAAGCUCGAGGACUCCAGCGCCAAGAUUGUGAUCCACACCGCCUCGCCGCCCCACGGCCGCGGUCCCGCAGUCUACGAGGCAGUAAACGUAACGGGCACGCAGAACGUCAUCGACGCUUGCCGCGCCGCCGGCGUACCGAAACUCGUAUACACAUCUUCAGCCGGGGUCGUCUACUCGGGCAAGGAAGACCUGAUCAACGCCGACGAGCGCCUCCCGUACCCAGCCGUGCCGAUGGACGCGUACAACGACACCAAGGCGCGGGCCGAGGAGCUGGUACUGCAGGCCAACUCUGAAGGGCUGCUUACCUGUGCUCUCCGCCCAUCCGGUAUCUUUGGGCCGGGUGACAGACAGGCCAUCAGCGGUUUCCAUUCGGUCAUUAAGAACGGGCAGACCAAAUUCCAGAUCGGGAGUAACGAGAACCUCUUUGACUGGACUUAUGUCGGGAAUGUCGCGCACGCACACCUCCUCGCUGCCGACAAGUUGGCCGACACCUAUCCUGUUGCUGGCCUCCACGAGCCCCUCCCCUGGGUUAACUUGUCGCUUCCCAACCACCGCAUUCCUACCUCUGAAGCCCACCCCCUCGGUCCCAAUACCAGCCCGAGCCAGCACGAUCUCCUCCUCGCCCAGCGGUUUGAGAGUAGCGAAGUCGAUCCCGCCGACCUCCGCCCUGUUCUCCGGUCCAAGAUGGACCAGUUCGCAGCACUCUCGGACCAGGAGGACGAUGCCCCGGGUCCCCGCGUGGCUGGACAGGCGUUCUUUAUUAAUAAUUGCGAGCCGGUCGCUUUCUGGGAUUGGACGCGGGCGGUUUGGGCCGCACUCGGUCAUAUCCCGCCCUACACUAUCGUUCUCCCCGCGGCUGUUGGUCUCAUCCUCGCCACACUGGCUGAGAUGUGGGCCAAGAUCUCCGGAAAGGAGCCGGGCUUUACCCGUUUCCGCGUUACGUUUGCCACGCAGCAGCGAUACUACGAUAGCGAGCGGGCGCGCCGCCUCCUCGGAUACACGCCGAUCGUGGGGAUCACCGACGGCCUCGACCGCUGGACUAAGUGGUAUGCUGAGGAGCUCAAGGCGACCGAGGGCGUUGAGGCCGAGUCGGCCAAGACCAAGUAG